UUAGAAGCCUCGCUACGCUCGGCAAUUAUGACGACGGACACCAAGUAUUUUCCACUUUGCAGCUCCUAUCGGAUUCAAUUGCAAGAUGCUCAGGUGAACUUGAAAUAUGGCAAUAAUUUCUACAAUGAUAAGUACACUGAUGCCAGUGCAGGAUGGGCAAUGGUAGCUGCUAUUCUGAUAUUCUUCAUGAAGGCAGGUUUUCUUUUCGUGGAGACCACAUUUCUCUCUGAAGAGACUCAUAGAGGAAGAGUUGUUGUCAGUAAAUAUUUGGACACCUGCUCCAGUGCAGUAGCCUUUUGGCUAUUUGGGUUUGCUUUUUCAAUUGGAUUAAACCCUGCAGUAUUAGGAGAAGAUCAGGACUACAUAUUGUGGUUCUUCAGGUUUACAUUUGCCAGCAACACAGCAACAAUCAUCGGGGGAACUCUUAUUGGAGAAACAAGAAAGAUGAAACUGGUUGCUGUCUUGCUUUACUCCUUCAUGAUCAGCAGCAUCAUACACCCAGCAGUUGCCUACGAAAUAUGGAGUGAACAUGGCAUGUGGUCUCCGUUCAAAUUUUGCAAUGGGACCAUUGGUUCUGUCAUCAACGGAACGAUUACAUUGGAACACAUUCUAACAGAGAGGCCAUCCUCCAUGUUUGUGCUGGAUUUUGCUGGUUCCGGAGCUGUGCAUCUUUUAGGAGGUAUGGGUGGUCUUCUUCUUACCCUUUGCUUUAAAGUAGAACAAUGGUUGGAUGCCCGUGAAAAAAAAUUCAACGUACAAGAACAGGAGUUGGAUUCAAUGCGUGAUGAAAAUGAGUUCACCUGCGGUAAGGAAAAGUCAGAGAUACCAAUGCCAACUAAAAAUUUCUUAGAGUGGAUGUAUCACGUGGAGUCUGAAAUUGUAGAGUAUGCAGCACUAGGUGUUCUUAUCCUAUGGACAUCAUGGUUUGCCUUCAAUUGCGGUUCAGCUGAAAGCAUCUCUGGUGGAACUGAUGGUCUACACUCAUUCAAAAUCUACCACGCAGUAGUGGGGCGAAUUGCACUCAAUAUGGUUGUGUGUGCCGGCUCUGGUGGUUUGUUGGCCAUCGGUAUCGCUGGUUUUGUGCAGGUAAAAAUGAAAGCAGAUCGCAUCAACACCAAUGAAAUCGCCAACGGCAUCUUGUCUUGUUUGGUUGCUAUCACAGGAUGUUGUGCAUUCGUGAGACCUUUUGUUGCAUUUGGAAUUGGAAUCUUUGCCAUCCUCUUCUAUCAUCUGGGAUGUUACAUUGAAUUCAAGUUGGAUUUGAAAGAUACGGCCAGAGUUGUUCCUGUUCAUGCUUGGAGUGGCAUGUUGGGACUCUUGGCAAGCUGUUUAGCUGACAACACUUAUCUGAGAGAAGUCUAUGAAAACGUCUGCUUUUGUCAAGAGCUCAACUUGUCUGACUUCGAUAUUGGUUUUGGGUUGUUGCUACGUAACCAGUUGGUUGGCAUGCUACUCAUUAUUGUGUGGAGCGUUGCUACCAUUGGCCCACUGUUUCUCCUGCUGUCUCUUGUUAGAUGCAACAAUAUUGCCAAGCUGUUGCGGAAAGAGCCAUUUCCAACAAACCAUGUAAUGUGGAGGUUGGUUGGCGGGGGUGCUCUCCUUACCUUGCCUUACAAUACCAAAAUGGGCGACAUGCAUAUGGACGACAUGGACAACCCUAAGAUGGAUUGAUUUCUCGACAAGAACUUACGGUAUACAACAACUGUACAGCUUUCUGUUGGCUGUAGUUGAAUAAAGUACACUACUAGUAUGUACUAGUUUAGUGUUUCAAUUGCUUAUGCAUCUGCGAGCAUAUUGAUAUCAUAAGUUUGUAUAGUUGCCAUAGACUGUGCAUCAGUUCUGUUUGUACUGUUAAUUAAUCAGCAGUAAUUGCUUAUGAUAGCUGCUAACAUGUGCUGUCUAGACCGAGUAAAGUUUCUAAUCCUUUAUG